CAAAAAUCAAGCCGACGUGGUCCAACGUGAGCGUGACACUGUGGAGGAGCAACAGCAGCUCUCCUGCAGUGACUUCUGAAAUAAUGCUUCUUAGUGUAGAGCUGUAGAUGCCCACGAUGAGACUACAAACUCUGUCACUGAGGACGCUGCUGUUCCUGGGGCUUUGGCACACUGGAAGGAGAAGUCUAGCCUCAGCUCCAGAGCUGCAGGAACAACCCAAGAAGAUAGCUGUGGUUGGAGCAGGCAUUGGUGGCUCAUCGGCAGCAUAUUACCUGAGGCAAGAGUUUGGACCUGGGGUCAAGAUCGACGUGUUUGAAGCCGGCACUGUUGGCGGACGACUGGCAACGGUGAAGAUCGGCGACUAUGAAUAUGAGACAGGAGGCUCAGUGAUCCAUCCUCUCAACUUACACAUGAAGCACUUCGUUGAUAAAUUAGGUAUUCCUCCAAGAACAGAUGUCCCAUCUAAAAUGGCGAUCUUUGAUGGAAAGGAGCUUGUGUUCGAAGAGAGCGAUUGGUUCGUAGUAAAUUUCUUCCGCAUGCUGUGGCGAUACGGCUUGAACUUUCUUCGAAUGCACAUGUGGGUGGAGAGUGUUUUGGAUAAAUUCAUGAGAAUCUACCAGUACCAGCAGUAUGGUUACUCAUUCUCCACUGUGGAGAGGCUGUUGCAUGCCAUGGGAGGCGAUAAUUUUCUUGCUCUGAUGAAUCAGACUCUGGAGGAAACUAUGAUGGGAGAAGGUUUUUCUCAGGUCUUCAUCAAUGACAUUGUUGCACCGAUCACUCGUGUCAACUAUGGCCAGAGUGUCCGUAUCAAUGGCUUUGUGGGGGCAGUCUCAUUAGCAGGGGCAGAUUCAGGCCUGUGGGCAGUGGAUGGAGGAAAUAAGAAGGUUUGCUCUGGACUGCUUUACAACAGCAAAAGUGAGCUCAUCCCUGCUAGAGUGACCUCCAUUUCAGUGAAAGUUCGACCAUCCAAGAGAAGCACCACCGUCAGUUUAUAUGAGAUUAACUAUGUCGACGAAUCGGGAUCAGCACACGCUCUUUAUGACCUCGUGGUAAUAGCAACGCCUCUUCACCAAGGGAAAUCUGACAUCACAUUCUCAGGCUUUUCCCCUCCGAUUCCUUCUCACUACCCCGGGCGCUACCACCAGACGGUUGCCACUCUCAUCCACGGCUUGCUGAACGUGUCUUACCUGGGGACCACAGAGGCAGCCUCGGAGUUCACUGUGUCUGACGUCCUCACCACGGACUCAAACGGCUCCAUCAUCAACAGCUUGAGCUCCCUAGACCCUCUGCACAUUCCCAAAGGUUACAAACGCCCCCCUGCUAGCCAAACCAAAGUCUGGAAAGUGUUCUCCAAAGAGCCACUGUCCCAGGAGCAGCUGGAGAAGAUGUUCCUCUCCUAUGAUUCAGUGUCUGAAACUAAAUGGCUGGCAUACCCCGAGUACCGUCCACCACACCGCAAGACCCCUCCUUUCAUCCUGCACAACCGGCUGUACUACCUCAAUGCUGUGGAGUGGGCAGCGAGUGCCAUGGAGAUGAGUGCUAUCGCUGCCAGGAACGUGGCCCUGCUGGCACACCACCGCUGGCAUGAACAAACUGGCAAGAUCGACCAAGAAGACCUGCACACCCGCUUGAGAGGAGAACUCUGAAAAUUGAGAACUACUUGAAAAUUGAAGCAAAUCAAACAAUUUGAUUAUACCACUCUUUUAUAUACACCAUAUUGCCAAAAGUAUUUGCUCAUCUACCUUCACACACACACAUGAACUUGAGUGACCUCCCAUUCUUAAUCCAUAGGGUUUAAUAUGAUGUCGGCCCACCCUUUGCAGC